CCAGCUCUUUCAUUGCGUGGGGCAACUGUAGAAUUGUUGAACUUUUACCCAGAAACAGACGAGUUGUGGAAGGAAAUAGAGCAAAUGGGCCUCCCAAAGGUGGAUAAAAAGGAGCAGGAAGACCCAAGUUCUCAGAAAUUCCAUGGAACAGAAUUCCUGGUUGUUGCCCUGGCAACAAGCAAGUCUGAUCCAGCUGGAAAGUUGCAGGUUGUUCAGCAACAGCUUGAUUUCAAUUCUGAUUGGCUGGCUCUGAAAAAUGUUACCACGGCAAUCAAAGACAUGGAGAGGGACCUCUCCUUGCUGGAUUUUGAGGAUCAAGUAAGAUAUGGGCGCCUUGCAAACAUUCGAGACAACAUGAAGCACUUUCAGGAGUGCAGCAAGAACAGGAUCCACUUCAAAGGCGUUAACCUUGCCUUGCAAUCAGCUGUAGAGUCACAUUAUUGCAGGUUGUGCCUCUAUUGCAGGUUCAAUGGUCAGACUGGGCCAGGCAUACAGGCAGUGGUGGACAUUCACAAUAGAGCAGAGUAUGAGCUCUACUCUGAUGUUUUACUGGUUACUAAUGCAAUCGGGAAUUCGCUGCGUGAAAACCCAUCAGGUCAGCACGAUGACAGCUCCAUCGGACUCAGUCUGGCCUUGCCAACAUCAUCAUCCAACUACACGCUGUCCAAGUCGGCCAUCACGAAUGCCUCUUUUAGAACUAAGAAAUUACCCGACGACAUUCCAAUGCAGCCAGAUGAGGCUGGCAAGUUGCCAACAAUUGUAGAGGACGAAUCCCCCAUAAAGCCAACAAAGCCUGUGAAACAGAAGCCAGCAAAGAAGGAAAAGUCGAUGGAGAAGUUACGAGCCAAGGAGCUUAGAAACGCUUCCAAUGCAAAUAAUUCCAGUAUUAGCAAUGGGGAUUCUUCUAUCGAUAGCGUAAAUGUCAGCAUUGUGAAAGGCCAGCAUAGGAGCGGGGGUAGAUACAAUAGAACUCAUGCCACUCGCAAAAACGAAGGACGCAUCUGA